AUGCAGAAGAAUGCGCAGUUGCUGCUACCGGAGCUCCCAUGGUCUCCUCGCGGCCGCUUACAUUCCAUCUCCCCGAGACUCCAUAUGCUUCGCCUGAAGUCUCGGCGCUGCGGUCGCGUCCGAUGCAUUGGUGGCGUCCGGCCGCAGGAGAAACAGGUGCAGGAGAAGCAGGAGGGAAAGAGGGUUUAUCCUUUUGACGAAAUCGAGUCAAAGUGGCAGAGGUAUUGGGAAGAGCAUAAAACCUUCCGCACCCCCGAUGAGGUCGACACUUCGAAACCAAAGUUCUACUGUCUCGACAUGUUUCCCUAUCCCAGGUCCUAAUCUUCUUUCUCUCUCCGUGUAUCCGAGAACGUUUCAUACUGUAAAUUGAUGCACUCUCUUUAGGAGAGAAUUCAGCAUUGCCUACGUAUACCAUCUCGAAAUUUAACAGUUUUAGUUUGAAUCUAUGAUUCUGGCCAAUUACUACUGAUGCCUUCACUAGCUUUUGUUUUUCAUAUGAUGCCUUCUGUGUCAAAAUGUCUCCUGGUUCCUUUUACUCUAGUAGUAUCAAUCCGAAACAUGUUCUCUGGCCUUGCGUAGAUGCACGCAGACCGCGCAAAUUUCACAUAUAGGCAUCUCCCCGUAGACGAUAAUUGGUGAGUCGUGUAACAUUGGCACUGUGGGAACGUGGUAUCCAGGGAUAAUUAUAGGAAAUCAUUCCUAGCAUUGUUACGAGUAAGCUUCUCAGUAGAUGUGAAUCCUGCUUGUCCAUUUCUCCAUUUCAAUAAUUUUCUAGUCUUAUAUGUCUAUGAGAGGAGUAAAAGAGCCUUAAGAAUCAUCAGGACCAAAAACUAAUAACCCUUCUUCGACUUGAUCAUUGUCAUAUAUGCAGGGUAACAUUAAAUAUAAAAAAAUUAACGUUAAAAGUAUCUUAACGAGGAAUGAAUUUAAUCAUACUAUCCUGAUGUUUUGAACUCACUUGCUAUGGAAAUGAGAUUAUUGCAUGGGCUUACUAGAAAAUCAUGCCAAUACCUGAAACGAGUCAAAUUGCAUCAAUCCUUUUCACUUUUGUAGGGUUAUUGAUACCCAGUGUGUACUUGUGAGUUGGUGAACCGCUUGUGAGAGACGCCGAUGAAAUCUUAGCUUGUUGGUUUUCACUCUUAUAAUUAUUCUUUCUGCAAAAAAACCGCCAGCAAGGCUUUCUUGUCAUCAGGUAAUGGAAAUCUAUUUAUUUUGAUUAUUAACACGGGAUAGAUUGAACAUUUAAUCCAUGAUAUGCUGUUUUAUUGACAUUAACAAUACAGACUAAGAUGAAACUCACUUUUAUCACGUUACAUUGUGAAAAUGUCAACCAGGGGGUGGAAUGUCCAAUUAACGGAAGUGAGACACAAUUUCAAUUUACGAGGAAGAUGAUCCUUUGAGAUUGUGAUGGCUUUGGGAGAUUUCAAGGGAAUUGAAACUAAUUUAAGAGAUAUAGAGCCGAGUAAGAUAUAGCGAUAGAAAAAAAGGGAAAGUGAAGGAUAUCAUUUUUUGGAAAUUAGAAAAUUAAUUAUUUUACAUUGUUUUGGUAGUAUGAUAGCAACCAACAAAUCAAGAAUCUCUUGGAUCUAGUACGGAUAAUUAAACUUUUAGUCUGAUGCUUUGACUGUAUUCAUGGUAUAAUCAAAGAAACUUACUUCUAUGUAAGUGAUUUGUCUGAUGAUUGAUAAUAAUUGUGCCCCUCGUCACAAAUAACUCUUUUUUCUCUUUGUUUAAUUCCUUUGGACUCUGUUUCUUCGAUCUGUUAACAGAAGGCUACUUGAUCUGAUGAAGUUUUUAUCAAGUACAGUGAAGUCUUAGCAUGGUACACGGCUAGAAAAAUUUCAAUCACAGUCAGAAGAUUAAUAACUUGCUAUUCUGAGAGAAUUUGCAUAACAUGGCGAAAACUUCCUUUGCAUUUCACUGGUUGAGCCAGGGAGACGUUUGAAAGGGAACAAGGCCCUCCAUAAGACUGAAAGAGAGCUCUGUGAGCUCAAGGAAAUGAUGCAAAGGAAACAAAGAAAAGAUUGGGGUGGAGGGAAAUUUCUGAAGUGAUGCCUGUAUAUACAAUCAAAUGUGAUAAGAGAUAAAGAUAUGGACAUAAUUAUAUACAUAUUUUAGGGGGCAUACGGGGUGGAAUUAUAAUGAGCUUUUAAUACAGCAGUGUCUUCAUCUAAGAAGUGUACACAGCCUUGGUCAAUCACAAACAUAAUACAAGGCCACAUUUAAAUAAUGUUGUAUCAAAUAGAAUAAUUUGAUGAAUAUAGAAUAGAACACAUUGGAUCUGGACAUCGCUUGCGUUAAUUUGUAAUAUAAUAAAGUAUUAGGGAAGGAUUUUCUAUGAGUCAAAUUUACUCUCUAAUUUGUAGUUUCUCCGUAUGCUGUAUAUGUUAUAGAAGAAUAUGUGGCAUCAAAAUUUUCUAAUUACUUUCCAAAGUUUCUAUAAUUUAGGACAUCAUCAAGCUCUGUCUAUAGGUAAACAAUGGGGAUCACAACGAAAUCGUUUCUACUUUGUACUUUGGCAUCUGCCUCAUUUUAAUCACAUUCUGAAUUGUUUACACAGUGAGAUGAUUCUCACUAUUGUUUGUGAAAUUAAACUAUGUUUAGUGGAAGCCUGAAAGAGAAAGGUUAUCUCAAUGUCCAGUCUGGGUUAAUGGAAAGGAAGUGAUUGAUUGAAGCUGGAAAGAACUCUAAGUCGUACACAGUCUGAAAAAAAUGGACGUAGAAACUUUUUUUGAGCCUUCCACCCAGAUGUGAAAACUGGAUAUCCUUGAUGACAAUUGUGGAUAUUUCUUGUAUUUGUUUUCUCCAUUUCUCAUUCAAGUAGCUAUGGUUCCGUCCUCUGUUUAUCCAUUGCCAAGUAAUUGGGAAUCAAGACAAGUAAAACUUGAUUAUCUUUGACACCUUUUGAUGCUCUCAUGCAUCUACUUGUCAUGCUUCUCUUGUCACCCGAUUUCAUCUACCUGUCAUGCAUCUACAGACGUCAUUAUGUGUCCGUUCAGAUGCUACUGGUAUGUGACUAUGCUGCCUAUUCUUGAAUGUCUCGUUUUUUAUGUUCUUUUAUCAAUAGAAGUGGCCUUAUCGAAUCUUGUGCAGUCAAUUUCAUAAUUUAGGUUCAAAUAGUUUGUAAUAUUCGUAAACGGAUUUUUUACCUUAGUACCUUCCUUGUUUAACUUAAUUUAAAUGUUUCAGUGGUGCUGGGUUACAUGUUGGUCAUCCUCUAGGAUACACAGCGACUGACAUUCUAUCUAGAUUCAAGCGCAUGAAAGGUUUCAAUGUCUUGCAUCCAAUGGGAUGGGAUGCAUUUGGUCUUCCUGCAGAACAAUAUGCCAUUGAGGUAUGCAGGACCAUCGAAUCUAGUGGUUCUGACUCUAUGUUGAAUUAGCUGCUAAUCUUCCAUGCUUUUUUACAGACUGGUACCCAUCCAAAGAUCACAACUAUGUGCAAUAUCGAGCGCUUUCGAUCUCAGGUUCUUGAAAUCCAAUGCUUUGUUUUAUUGCUAUCAAACGUAGAAACAAAUUGUUAGAAUAAAGGGCCUUUUGAUCCGAAGUUUCAUGUUGUUAUUCUUUUACUGAAGAAACUUUAUCUGAGAAACAUCUUGCCAGCUAUCUUUAUUAAUUUUAUAAAUUCACUUACAGAUUCUAAUCAUCUCAUAUCCUCGCACAAGUGAUUCAUGUAGUCAAUAGGAUUAGGUGCAUAAUUAUGUUUUGGGAAAUUUCUAAUCUGUGGCCUGGAAGUAUCCUCCCUCGCUCCUUUCCUCCAAAGGGAAUAAGGAUACUCCUUUAUUGGUUAUCUUGUCAAAAUUUUGCAUCCAAUUCACUUUCUGAUGUUUCAAUUUUUAAAUUCCAUGACAAAAAUACCUGAUUUGUCAUGCACGAGGCGACCAUCUCUACCAUAUGAUCGAAAUAUUCCUGUGAGUGGUGGCGAUGGUCAUUUGAUUUUUACAUCCCAAAAGCAGAAAUUAUGUGACAAGAAAUUUCAUCCCAUUGAGAGUAGUCUCAUUUCCUGUGCCCAUGCCUCUUCUAAUCUAUGGAUUUACUCGUGGCUAACUUCAACUGGAACCUUUUGACCUGGUUGAAAAAAACACCCUCAUGAUUGUCACAGAUAUAACGCUUUUUUUGUGCAACUCAUCGUUUUCAGUAAUUGCAACCGAAGUCUAUUUGCUAUCUGGAUAGUCCCAAGCAUAAACAAUAAUCUGUUUAUACAGAAAUCUGUCUGAAUAUUCCUAAGUAAAAAAAAGAAUCUAUCAGAUGUUUCCUCAAAAGCCAACUGAAAGAUGUUCAAACCUUGAAAUCAUGCUGAAUUUUUUUUUCACAUCAUGAUACUUUCAAAUUUUCACCUGUCUCUGCUGGUCUUACAAAAUUAUGAGAACUGAGACCAACAUAAUUUUAGGAAUUACACAACAUUCUGGAUUUUUGUUGAUUAUGCUAUUUUUUAGUAUCCCUUGUUGAUUCUUAAACUAAAAUGAGACUAUGAAUGCUCAAAAUCGUAUUUGAUUCGAUCAUAGCAUGAAAACUUGCAUUUUAUUGUGCUCUUCCUGACGUUUCUCUUGGAGUUUCAUAUUGAGAUUAUAUUCUGGUGUUUUGCUUUCAAUUUCUUGGUUGAACUUAUCGUCUGCCAGAGGCAGGAAUUUCAUCUGAAUUUUUCUCAUGAGUCAUUUUAUCGUAUAUUAAUGAUAUGCACGUAAAUAUUUCUACAGCCAAUUUCAAUAAUGAUUUGCUUACUAACUAAAAAAUUCUUUGCAGCUUAAGUCAUUAGGUUUCUCAUAUGAUUGGGAUCGUGAAAUCUCAACCACAGAACCUGACUACUAUAAGUGGACCCAGUGGAUUUUUCUUCAGAUUCUGAAGAAAGGGCUUGCAUAUCAGGUAUCUGACACUAGUUUCGGUUUUUUGACCUGCAAUGUUGCCAGUUUACGGCGCCAGUCUUUUUUCUAGCUAUGUUUAUCAUUCUAUAUAUUAGUAAUUGGUGUUACUACCUUUCAUCUCUGAUUAUUUGAGGUCACAUUUCAGGCUGAGGUUCCUGUUAAUUGGUGUCCAGCGCUUGGUACCGUUUUGGCCAAUGAGGAGGUGGUGGACGGGGUAAGUGAACGAGGAGGUUACCCUGUAAUAAGAAAGGUAUGUAUCAUCAUCUAAUUAUUCAUAUUAGCGAAGGUGUUUUGAGUUUUACUUUAAUUUUAAAAUCUUUUAUACAUGAUUGAUAACAUUUUAGUUUGCCAUAUAUCCUUGUAUUCUCCAACAGCCAAUGCGUCAGUGGAUGCUCAGAAUAACAGCUUAUGCUGAUCGUCUUCUUGAUGACUUGGAUGAUCUUGAUUGGCCAGAAAGUAUAAAAGAAAUGCAACGUAACUGGAUAGGCCGUUCGGAAGGUGCUGAAUUAGAGUUUCCUAUUGUUGGUAAUCAUGAGCAGGAUCAAGGUGUGAAGCUGUCUGUUUACACAACCAGACCUGAUACCAUCUUCGGUGCAACGUACAUUGCAUUCUCUUUCUUUGGUUUAUCAUUUUGAACAUAAUUCACUUAUUUAACAUUGAUAUGUACACUCUGGUAAUUGCUGAUGUCUUUCUAUAAAGCUAAUAAUAUAUAUUUUUCCCAGAUAUCUUGUUGUUGCACCCGAGCAUCAAUUGUUGCCAUCUUUAAUCUCUGAGGACCAACGCAAAAGUGUGGGUUUUACUACUUAUUUUCGUACAAAUUAUUUACCUGCAUAUUCUUAUGCUCAGAUGAAGAUUAAUCCAUGAAAAAUGCAGGUUGAUGAAUACUGUGAGAUUGCUGCAAGAAAAAGUGAUCUCGAGAGAACUGAGCUUCAGAAGGAAAAAACUGGGGUUUUUAGUGGUUCGUAUGCUAGAAAUCCAGCUAAUGGAGAAGUCAUUCCCAUAUGGGUAGCUGAUUAUGUUUUAGGAAGGUUUAUAUUUCCUAUUACCUUCUUCUAUUUCAGAUAACUGAAAAUUCCAAUUUCUCAUUGAAAGUGUGAGGCGUAUGUUUUCUUGUCACUUAAUUGUGUAAACAGAACCUCAUUCACCACAUAAUCUGGGAUUUUAGCUAGUCACAUUUUUAUGCUUGAUCUUUUAUACUGGCCUAAUUAUGCAAAGAUCAGGUGGCUGUAAUAUAAUUUCUAUUGUUGUAUCUUCAUGUAGAUGGAAGUAGCCCAUCACCUUUUCAUCUAAAUUGUAUCAAUCUUCAUUGAUAAUAUUUCCGAAUCGUAUGAAUGUAAACUGUCAUCAAUGGUGAAAAUAUGCACGAGGCUAUGGUUUUGAAGUAAUCGUUUGAGUUGUAAAGCCGAAUUUUAACUUGAUCAGAACACAGAUCCUUUCUAUUCGUCUUUAUUAUUUAGUACGGUGCCCUGAAAUCGUUGAAUAUUACACAAUAGAAAUAAAUAAAUGAAGAUAAAGAAACACAAAUUUGUAGCGGAGGUGUACCAAACAUCUGUUUUUGAAUUAUUGGUGCCAUAGUAAAACUUAUGCUAGCACAGGGAUGAACAAACUGUUAUGAAGUCAGAAAGAAGUCAAGCCAUGAUGCAUUUUGGCACUGACACUGAUAGAUUAUUUAUGAGUAAAUACAUUCUUAAUCAUCUUCUGAGAAAACAAUUGUUAACAUAUCAAGCUAUCUUGGUAUUCUCGUAUAUUCACGAAAUGUGACGAUCAUAAUCUUUGUUUUUUUAUUCUACAAGAGACACGCAGAACAUGUUUUUACCUUUUUCUGUAGGUUGUUUUUCUAAAAUGAACGCAGUGCAAUAUCAAAAGUAUCUAGUGAUUUUACAUACAGAGUACGUCCAAUGUGGGUUGCUCACCACUGUUUCUGGAGGUUGUUAGUUACAGCUAUUUUAUUCCAAUGAAACCGUUCCGAUUGUCCAUGCCCCUACUCAUUGUGCUCUCUUCCUUUCUGCUUCUGUCUCUUUCUUGGCUAUUAUUUUAAGACGACAAAAGUAGUGUAUACUUUUAACAAUUUUAUUUUAUUUUUUUCUUAUUUCUUAUCGAGUAUUUUGGGUGUUUGUUCAACUAUCCACUUUCAAAAUAAAAAUCAUAUAUUAUUGCUACUACCAUCAUUGCUUUCGCAUGCACUUCAAUUAAGUUGUCAGAGGUUUUUUGCGUCCGCCCAAUGUCAUUUUCCUGCAACUACUUUAACUCUAUUGUGAGAAUAUAUACUGUAGAUUUGUGAUGAAUAAUUCAAAUAUGCACUUAUUUCAUCCUUUUUAUAUGACACCGUUAUUUAUCACAAUUAUUAUUAUUCUGUUGAAUUUCAACAUGAAAUUAUGUUACUGGCUCUUGGUCUUCUGAGUGCGUUUUUGAAUUCUCCAAUCUCCUUUUGGGCCAAUAAGAUUUUUUCUUUCUGGCCUGUCAAUGGUAACUAAACGUAUUGGAUAUAUUAUGGGAUCAUUUUUUACUGAUUGUGAAGAGUGCCAUUUCAAUAGAAGAUAUAUUUGCUUAAACUGUCUAUUAUUUGACACUUUUAUACGUUAUUGAGUGAUUCACGAAAAUUGAAAUCGCUCUUGUCGUGAAACAUGUAGACACCUGGCUUGCUCGGCUCAUGGACAUAAAAUUUUGACUAUCACUUCUAUUCUGAUGUUUUUUGUGCUAGAACAUGUAAACUGGGAAAUUUACAAUAGCAUGGUCACAGUUGUAAUUUUGUGAUGACAAAACCCCUUAUAAUAUUGUUUCAUGUCUUAUUUUUUUGCAGCUACGGUACUGGAGCAAUAAUGGCUGUACCUGCUCAUGACUCUCGUGAUUACGAAUUUGCUCUGAAGUACCAAAUUCCAAUAGUUCAAGUUGUGGCUCCUGCGAGUAAAUCUUGUGAUGAUUCUAAUGAGCCAUACACAGGGGACGGUCUCAUAGUAAACUCAUCAAAUUCGUCAUCUGAGCUCAAUAUCAAUGGCUUAUCCAGCAAACAAGCUGCCUCAGAAGUGAUAGAUUGGCUUGAGAAGGCUGGUUUUGGCAAGGGAAAGGUCUGCUAGUGAUGUUUUGACUCUGUCAUGUAGACAUUGCCUUUUUGUCUUUUGAAACAAUGUUCAUUCUUACUCGUGGGUUUAUUGUAUUAGGUAAACUACAAAUUGAGAGACUGGCUUUUUGCUCGGCAACGCUACUGGGGUGAACCUUUUCCUGUGAUUUUCCUUGAUGAGACAGACGAAAUAGUACCACUUCCGGAAGAUGAGUUGCCCAUUACCCUUCCAGAGUUGGCUGAUUUUACUCCUACAGGAACAGGCGAGCCACCUCUGGCAAAAGCAGUGUCUUGGGUAUGCCCAGAUUAAAAUUGUUUGCUUGACUGUUCGUCCCAGAAUAAUGUACCUACCUCUGAAAUUUAAUUGUUCUAUAUUUUUAAGUGAAAUAUAUAAGACUUGCAUUAGAUUAUUAUUUUUCUCUGUUUCUAGGUUAAAACUGUUGAUCCAGCAUCUGGGAAACCGGCAAAGCGUGAAACAAGUACAAUGCCACAAUGGGCAGGAUCUUGUUGGUAAUAUGUUGUUUCUUGUUGCUUGUAUCUCUAGUUUUUUUUCUUGAUUCUAGCGGCUUACAAUGAUAUGAUUUUUCUUAUACUUUUCAUAUUAGGGGAUCCUCUAUUUUUUCUUCUAUUUUUUUAAGGUGAUCCCAUGCUCUUUUGUAAAGCGCUUGUCCACACAAAUUUGGAUGUUCUAGUGUGUUUGUUUUCAUAUUAGGGUAUCCUCUAUUUUUUCUCCUAUUUUUUUAAGGUGACCCCAUGCUCUUUUGUAAAGUGCUUGUCCACACAAAUUUGGAUGUUCUAGCGUGAUUUUUCUGAUACGUUCCUCCUUGGAAGGAACGGAUCUGAGUGAAUCCGGAGACAAACAAUUGUAUUGAUUCUCAAAAUUGGGGUGAUGUUGUAGGAUAGAACAUCAGGAUGACAGUUCUAUCAGGAUACAAGGAAAGAAAGAGAGAAAGAAGAGUAAAAGGGGUGGGGAAUGAAUUCGAGAGGAUUCCCCUGCCUCUCCUGGUUCCGACUGUUCUCCCCUUGAUAUGAUCCCUCUCAUUUCUUCUGGAGCUUGCAUAAAAAAUAUUUAUUUCUCAGCAUAUCAAAGAUAAAAGUUUUUUGUUCCAUAAAGAAAAAGUGGUUUUGUAUAGUCCUCACAUGUGCUGUGCACCUGUCCCCCUCUUACACCUUCUAUAUGUCAGUGAUGGAAAUAGCUUGAAGAAUAUUACUGAUUAAUGGGGGUACACAUGAAUGCCUGAUACAUAAUACAUUCAUUUAUCAACCUUAAAUUUAGGAGUGCUUGAUAAUGAAGUGUCACUCAAUUAGCAUCAGCUGCUUGCAAUGGUCUGUUAGAGAGACAAGGAUUCAUUAUUUUUAUUUGUCGGUCUGGCAAACAUGCUAUCCGAAGCAUGUCCAAAUAUUUCAUGUCAAAUUGGGAAGGACUCCUCUCUUGGUGGUCCGAGUACAAAUACUCAGAUACUUGCUCAGACCAAUUUUUAAAGUAUAAGUUAUCAUAUAAUCAAUUGGGCUGACAAAGAUUCUGGAAUGAAUCGAAAAUUUCAGGUGAUUCACUUUAUGAUGUGUUUGGAUUCCCUAGUUGUUGAAGGUUAUACAGACGAAGCUAAAAGUCUUAUAGUCUUCUCUGUAGACGAUCUCUCGUGGUUAAAAAAUUAAUACAUCCUCUUGCAUGAGUCUCAAAGUGCAAGUUUUCUGUAAUCUCUUUUCUUAGCAAAUCUUGGCCUCUGAAUAGUUUUUGUACCUAGGUCCGAAACAGAACCAAUUACUAUGCUGUCUGUCUGAGAUUUUUAAUCUACUAUCUGGUGAAAUUUAGCAAUCUGAAAAUACACACUGUAGCAUGUAUUUUGUUAAUUUUGUAUUCUCACAACUCCAUGUAUAAAACCUAUGAGGUAAUUUAUGUUGAAAAGUCAUUAUUCUGUAGCAUAUUGGGAGAUGUAAUGCAAAUUUAUUUUGAGGAAAUUCUGUAUGAGUAAUUGAUUGUUUUCCUCUUUUAGGUAUUACCUGAGAUUCAUGGACCCAGAAAAUCCAAAUGCAUUGGUGGAUAAGAGAAAGGAAAUGUAAGCAUGACCUGUAUCAACAUCAUGCAUUAUUGAACUUCCACUUUGAUAUCCACUGAGUAAUUUAUAAAGUGAUCUUCAAUUUGUAGGUAUUGGAGCCCUGUGGAUGUUUAUGUUGGUGGUGCUGAGCACUCUGUUCUCCAUUUACUUUAUGCAAGGUUUUGGCACAAGGUAAUCGUCAAAUCAUUUCCAUGUUAAUUUCUUGCCAUGGUUAUUGGAGUGAUAAUUCCAUCUUACUGUGUUGUCCAAGAUGUGAGAAGAACUUGUGGAUAUCUCAUCUGAUCACAAGUAGUUUAAAAUUGAGAUCACACGUGAAAAAACCAAUUUCUGAAGAAAUUCUAUCACCCCCUUAAUUAAAAACCCAAUUCCUUCUGGCCAUUUCUGAGCAUAGUAAAAGCAUUAAGUACCUGACUCCUGAUUUAGUGGGAUAGGAUUUUGUUGACCAGUAUAAUAGAUCAUCAAAACAAGAGACGACUCACUGUUUCCUUUUAAAUUCAACAUAUGAUUUGGUACUCAUUCAGUUAAGUUUUGGAAUUUUGUGUGAUACACGAUAAAAAAUCGUUUGAAUGCAAUUUUCCACGGAAAUAUCUAAUCUUUACUGGUGCAAAUUCAUUUCAUCUUUUAUCAUCAUCAUCAAAUAUACUAUAGGAAGGUCGCACAUUGAAGUGACCCUUGAUUUCUAAACUCCAAUUUCUUGUUCCCUCUCUCUAGUUGUCGAUUUGGAACUGAGAUACCAGAUUUAUUGUUCUGGGAAAUAGUUCAGCUUCAGAAUCUGUAAGAUUCUAUCGAAGCUGAAUGUGACAUCCUUACUCUGAAUAAUACUGGGUCUGAUUAAUUAAUGUCAACGGUUCUCUCGUUAUUUAAUACGAGUUUACGAAUCACAACAAAAGGUUAUUAUGACCACCAGGGAUCUUUCAGAAUUAGAUAACUUUCCAAUACCCUACCUGAUAUGAUGCAAUAAUUUUUUUUGCUUGUUUUCCUAUUUUUCAGCUAACAGGUGAAGAUAGGAUUCAGAAGAGGGUUUAUCUAUCACCGUAAUUUAUGUAGUCAUAUUCUUGAUGAACUGCCAUUCAAUUGUGCGAAAUAGUCAUACUCCUUGUAAAGACGCUCUGAUCUUUUCCAUCUAGCUGCCCCGUCCGUCAUAUAGAGUUUAAGAAAAUAAGUAUGAUCCUGCAGCAAACAUUAAUCAUUCUCAUGGAUUAGAAAUCUGACAUAUCUGCGUAUGCCUUAGGAACUAGGGCCAAUUAGGUCAACUGUAGGACUAACUAAACAGAGCACCAUUUUUAUCCUAGCUUAAUGCCCAGAAUUGUCUUUAUCCUCAUGAUGCCAUUUGGAUCAGGUGAUCUAUGACCCUAUAAGAUGUGAAAGUUUUUCUGGUACUGUCAGGUGUUUUAGAUACACUUCUACAAAAUGUGUAUUCGUUGAUAGCAUACAUAGAUCAUAUAUUCCGCUUUCGAUUCCCAUUGAAGAAAUUAUGAGGCUAGUCACGGGAUUCCUUCAUUAUAUUAUUACAAGGUUAUUCUAUGCCAGUAUUCUUGGCCAUUGAGCUGCAACGUCAGGGACUUGUCUAUUGGUUUUAAAAAGCACCGUGUCAGUGACAUAACUGGUUCCUGCCCCUGCAUGUCCUUCUUGAUACGUAUUCAGGGCUAUUCGAGAAAGCUCUGUAUUUUUUUUUACUCGAUAUCUAGUAUUGUAGAUUUGGGACUGAGGAUGGCAGCCGGAGUGAUUUCCAGGUUUGUAUAUCAGAAGACACUAGAUCAGAAACUUAUAGAAAUGUUCUAGAUUGAAUCGUGCAAUGCUUAAUACGAUCCAAUCUUCUUAUAAAUUUCUUUCUUCUUGACUCUUGUUGCUUGUCUCAGGCUCCCCAGUGUGUUUGCUUCCCAAAAUGGCCUGAGCUUUUCCAGGUUAAUAAUAUUUUUCAUAGUCCCUUGCGGUACAAUAUCCUGUAACAUUUCCACCGUGAACAUUGCCAACGAUUUUCAGAGGCAUACAACAAAGCCCGUUGUUCAUUGUUCAUUGAACAACGAUUUUCAACGGACAAGUGCUGAUAGCUCAUUGUCUACACGGCAUUGUAAACAGCAGUUUACACCAUACAAAUUCUUUUCUUUUUCUUGUGGAGCUAGCUUUGAAUGAUUCUUAUUUAGGCUCCUUAGAUUUACUUGAACUGCUUCGUCAAUGGCCACACACAGGUUGCAUGAGCUUUAGGAUCAGCCUGAGGUUAGCCUGCACUGUCAACCUAAGAACUUGAUUGCAUUUUUUCAUUUCAUUUAUAAAAUCAAUUGAUGGAGUGCACCUUAAUGUUAAAUUAUAAACACUACGUUUUGUGGCAGAAGUAUUUAUUGAACAUAUUUUAUUUAGACACUCAUAACAACAGUUUUGGUUUUGUGGCAACAUGUUUCAUCCUUUUGACUGGCAUUUCACUGUAACAUGGGCUGGUUUUCUUCCUUACACAUUUCAUUUCUUAUCUAACAGAAAACAUGUACGCACUGCAUAAAAAUUAGGCUUUUGGAUAGCUUUCCAAUUGAUUGUGAUUUUAUUUGCCUGACACCAAUCCUGUGGUUAGAAUUAUUUUAUAACAUUAUGUUUUCCGUCUCCUUUUUUGCAAAUCUUGGAGUCUUUCCUGUAUUUUAUACAUAUUUAUUUGUAUUUAUAUUCAACAACUCGCAGCAUGUUGGCGAAUAGUUCUUUAAUUUAAUCAUCCAGGCUUACACAAAGGAUUUUUGUUUUAGGUUCUCUAUGACAUAGGUAUUGUUUCAACGAAAGAACCUUUCCAGUGCCUGAUAAAUCAGGGUCUCAUACUCGGAGAGGCAAGUAUAUUUAUGUGUUGUACCGCCGUCAGUUAUGGUGUCACCUCCACAAAUUUCUGAUAGUUUCGGUAGCAGGUUGAAUAUAUGGCAUAUAGAGACAAAGACGGAAGACUGGUUUCAGCUGACGCUAUUGAUAAGGUGGCAGAGCACCUACAGGAAAGGAUACCCCCGGAAAAUGUCUGUUGAUUGAUAUCCAGACUUUCAGAGAUGAUACGUCUUGCUUAUCAAGAGUGUUAUAUUCAACUGAGCAUUUAAUGUUAUCUUUUUUCUUCUAGGUCACAAAAGAUGGCGAUUCCUAUGUGUUGAGAGAAGAUCCAAGCAUUCGUUUGAUUGCACGAUCUUACAAAAUGAGUAAAAGCAGGGGAAAUGUUGUCAACCCUGACGAUGUUGUUGAUGAGUAUGGGGCAGACUCUUUACGGCUGUAUGAAAUGUUUAUGGGGCCAUUGAGGUAUGCAGCUUUUUGUGCAUACAGAAAAAUGCUCCCUAGCAUUAAUUUUCAUCUAGCCCUUCCUCUGGUACUCUUGAUUUCUCAGAGAUUCGAAGACAUGGAGUACUGGUGGGAUUGAGGGUGUUCAUCGGUUUCUAGGAAGGGUUUGGAGACUUAUUGUUGGUCCUCCCCUUCCUAAUGGAGCAUACAACGACGGAACAAUUGCUACUGAUGAUGAACCUACCCUGGAACAGCUGCGUACUCUACACAAGUGCAUUCAAAAGGUUGUCUCCUUUACAAUCAUCAUCAUCACUUUUGAUGAUGCCUUUUCUUUACUAUGAAAUGUAACAGUCUGAAACUGUAGAAUUCAUAUAGAUGAUCCAUAUUCUUCCGUUUGAUUUUUUUUGUAUUUGACACUGUACCUUUUGAAAUGCGUGUACUCUUCUUCUAGUUGUUAAUCACUAUCGUUUUCUUCUCAUUUGAUUUGAUUUUGUACGAUAUCUAAAUUUGUGAUUGGUUAGCAUCAUAAUGCGAUGUCCUAAAUAUGCAGAUGUUUUAUGCAUUUUGGAUCAGAACUAUGUCAUAAUCUUUCUAGUGCACACUCAAGAUUCUGCGUCCUUCAGAUAAAUUUAUUCAUAACAAUUCGCUGGAUUUCGAUAUAUUCCUGUCGUAGUUUUUUCAUUUCCCGAUGAGAGAUACAAUUCUUUUUGCAUUGAAUGGCUCCACAGAUAUAAUUCCGUUUAGUGACUAAAUUUCUGGAGACCUCUUUGCUCUUCUCUUCAAUUUGCUGUCUGGGAAAUUCACUCAUGUGCGUGUUUGGAUAUCCAUGUUUAGCGAUUCUGUAGUAGUUGUGGAUGCUGCAGAAUAUGCUAUUUCAUAGAGCUCUGUUGCUUGGAUUAUAAUGCUCCCUGGGUUCUUAUGACUGACUCGUUAGGGCCAUCUUCUAUGUCAUCGAAGAGGAACAAAUUUGUCAACUUGGUCAUCGCACAGGCUACUCCAUCAGAGCAUUUUCUGCAAUACUUGGCACCUGCUUGGCACCUGCUUGGCUAUUCUUCUGCUUUGAUGUUGGUUUUGUUUUUCGUAAUCUAGAAACUUUGAGUGUUAAAUUUUACUAGCUAUAUUUUCAUUUCUUCUUAUCAGCUGACUUAAUUUAAUUUAAUUUAAUUUAAUUCCUCCCUUGUAAUGGCUCGCUUAUUAACAAGAUUCCUCAUUUAAAAUAUUCUUACCACAUCGAUGAGUGAAAAGUUUUGUAGUGCACAGUGCUUAAGCUUUAUCCUUACUCUUUUUGUUCUCACUUUCAAGUGAAAACACAGGGCGUGCAUUUCAAAAGCUGCAAUUGUCUAUGCAGGUCACAGAAGAAAUUGAAGAUACUAGAUUCAACACUGGAAUUUCUGCAAUGAUGGAAUUCACCAAUGCCGCGUACAAGGUUCCUUAAAUAUAAAAUACAGUUUGAUUUCGUUCUUUUUCAUAUUAUAUUGCAUGUGAACUAUCAAUUUUUAAAAUUCACGUCAACAUCUGUUCAGAAAUUAGGGAAAAGACGGGUAAAGUAGGCUUGACAAAACCAAAGAAUGUACAAAGAUUCUUUUCAUCUCACUAAGGCCAUGAAUAUAAUCUGUAAUGGUGUGGCAUUACGGAUGCCCAUACAUUUUAUUCAAAAUUCCCCCCAUUAGGACAUAAAUUCCAGACACUUUAGAGAGCAAUACGAAAAUGGCCUGGACUUGAAUCCCACCACUGUCCUUGAGCCUAUGGAUGAGCUCGCCUCCAACACCUACACUUAGCAGCCGUCCAGCUGGGCAAAGUUCCUCGUAGCGUCAGCAAGUGCCACUUGGAUUAACUAAAACAAGAAUAAAAGCCCUGGAGAAAUUCUCCUGCACUAUUUUCGUCGUCGUACAGUUUUAUCUCAUCAAUAUAAUUCAACAUGGAUAGCAAUUGAGAUAUUCUUAUCCGAGCAGGUUUUUACUUAUAACUCUAAUUCAAGAAGGUUGUGGUCCUUCCAAUGAUGAACAUUAAAAGACUACAUGACAUGUGUAUUUUCAGUCAAAUCUUGUUGAAGGCUUAGAUUUCAUGUUACCUGUGGUGUCUUGGAAAGCCUACAGCUUGAGUUUUGCUGCACUUUUCAUUACAUUUACUUCCUUUUAAGGACCUGCAAGGUGCCUAUUGAUGUAUUCUCUUGUUGAUUUUCUGGUCUCAUCUGGAUGCAUAUCAGAGUCCAUACACUUGAGUUUCUCAUCUGGGUGUUAUCUAGUGAUCUCAAUCGCCAUUGUGGACGUUGGUUUUUGGAGUAGAUUCCUUAUCCAUCUGAUUUCUGCUUCCUGGUUUCAUUCUUUUCAGUGGGAGAAGCUUCCGAAGUCUAUCAUCAAAGAAUUUGUAUUACUGCUGUCGCCUUUUGCCCCUCACAUCGCUGAGGAACUCUGGUCGAGACUCGGGCACACAGCAUCACUGUCGUACGAGAGUUUUCCAGAGGUAUGAAUGCCUCCCCCCCUCCUCUCCCCCCCUGAACCGCACAAAUGUUGGUAGGAUAUCUUCUCCCGUUACUUCCUAACCGUGGUCUACCUCAUCCAUUUUGCGUUGACUAUUUUAUCCAAAUUUUUAUUCUAAAUUUGGCUUAAAUAUCUCGUUGACCCCAUUGACUUUCGUCAUAUACCUGCCUCAACGAGAUACUUUUUAGAUCAUUACCAGUAACCUCAUAGUAUUGGUCAAAUCCUUUGCACAGCGUGACACUCUAGCUCGUCUGAUUGUGUUUUUCUUUCUUCUCACGAUUCCUCUGUACUCAACGCUUAUGAAUCACCAUCGAACAUCUACAUCUUUGAAACAAAUUGGCCGAGGUAGAGCCGCUCCCCCCACCCCCAGAAGAAAACACACACAUACGUGCAUAUUUUCAAGGAAAAAUUAUAGAAAGGAGAAGAUCAUUAUCAUAUUUUCUCAUUUCCGUAGUUUCUACUUGAUUGUGACUCGGAUCAUCCCCUUUCUGUUACUUCUACUCGAUUUUAGGUAUGGUUAUCUCCAUCCUUCGGGCUUUACUUCAAUCAUUUCGAUGAUCAUCUGCUUCACAUAGUUCUUACUUUGUUUGGGGAUAUGAUUAUCUUUUCACAUAGUUUUCACUUACAUAUGCUCAUCAUUAAUCUGCUCUCUAUAGUUUUUAGUCCUUGAUUAUGAUUAUGAUUAUGAUUGCGAUUAAGUUUAUCUCCUUUGAAUGACCGAUCAGGCCAAAGACGAGUACUUGAGAGACACCAGCGUGGUGCUGCCAGUUCAGAUAAACGGGAAGACGAGGGGUACUAUCCUGGUCGAAGAAGGAUGCUCGGAGGAGGACGCCUUCAGGAUGGCUUCUUCCGACGAGAAGCUCGCCAAGUACAUUCUCGACCAGACAGUGAAGAAGACCAUCUACGUUCCUCGGAAGAUUCUCAAUGUGAUCUUGGAGCAACAGAAGGUGGCACCCAGAAGUAAAUAG